AUGGCUGACGAGAUGGGUCUGGGCAAGACCCUCCAGUGCAUCACUCUGAUGUGGACGCUGCUGCGUCAGAGCCCCGACGGCAAGCCUGAAAUCGACAAGGCAAUGGUGGUCUCUCCUUCCAGCCUGGUUAAAAACUGGUACAAUGAAGUCGGCAAAUGGCUCGGAGGAAGGAUUCAGCCGCUGGCCAUCGAUGGAGGCUCCAAAGACGAGAUAGACCGUAAACUAGCCGGCUUUAUGAACCAGCGUGGCCUACGGGUGCCUUCCCCCAUCCUGAUCAUCUCCUACGAGACGUUCCGCCUUCACGCCGAAGUUCUCCAGAAGGGGAGCGUCGGGCUGGUCAUAUGUGACGAGGGCCAUAGGCUGAAGAACUCUGAAAACCAAACAUACCAGGCUCUGGACGGCUUAAACACCCCACGGCGAGUUCUCAUCUCAGGGACCCCCAUUCAGAAUGACCUGCUCGAAUACUUCAGCUUGGUGCACUUCGUUAACUCGGGCAUCCUAGGGACAGCGCAGGAGUUUAAAAAGCAUUUUGAAAUCCCAAUCCUAAAAGGCAGGGAUGCAGAUGCAAGUGAAGUGGAGAGGCAUAAAGGGGAGGAGCGACUCAAAGAGCUGAUCAGCAUUGUGAACAGAUGUUUGAUCAGGAGAACUUCAGAUAUCCUGUCCAAAUACCUACCUGUGAAAAUCGAGCAGGUGGUUUGCUGCAGGCUGACACCUUUGCAGACUGAGCUGUACAAACACUUCCUGAAGCAAGCGAAGCCAGCCGAAGAGCUGAAGGAGGGGAAGAUCAGCGUGUCGUCUCUCUCCUCCAUCACGUCCCUGAAGAAGCUCUGUAACCACCCUGCCCUGAUCUACGAGAAGUGUGUGGAGGAGGAGGAAGGGUUUGCAGGAGCACUGGAAUUGUUCCCUGCUGGCUACAGUCCCAAGUCCCUGGAGCCCCAGCUGUCAGGAAAGAUGCUGGUGUUGGACUACAUCCUGGCUGUGACUAGAAGCACGAGCAACGACAAGGUAGUCCUGGUCUCCAAUUACACCCAAACACUGGACCUCUUUGAGAAGCUCUGCAGGACUAGGAGGUAUUUAUAUGUCCGACUGGAUGGCACCAUGUCCAUUAAAAAGAGAGCAAAGAUCGUAGAGCGGUUUAACAGCCUCUCGAGCCCUGAGUUUGUCUUCAUGUUGAGCAGCAAAGCAGGUGGCUGUGGCUUGAACUUGAUUGGGGCAAACAGACUCAUCAUGUUCGACCCGGAUUGGAAUCCGGCCAAUGACGAACAAGCCAUGGCUCGCGUGUGGCGAGACGGCCAGAAGAAGACCUGCUACAUCUACAGGUUGCUCUCAACAGGGACAAUUGAGGAGAAGAUUUUCCAGCGUCAGACCCACAAGAAGGCACUCAGCAGCUGUGUGGUGGAUGAGGAGCAGGAUGUGGAGAGGCACUUCUCACUAGGGGAGCUGAAGGAGCUGUUCACAUUGAAUGAGACCACAGCCAGCGAUACCCAUGACAAGAUUAAGUGUCGCCGCUGUGUGAAUGGCCACCAGGUAAAGCCACCUCCUGAAGGUUCUGACUGCACCUCUGACCUCUCCCAGUGGAACCACUGUGCUGACAAGCGUGGGCUUCAGGACUCUGUGCUGAAGGCCACGUGGGAUGCUGCUGUCACCUUCACGUUCCAUCACCAUUCCCAUGAGGAGCAGCGAGGGAUUCCCUGACAAUGCGCCUCCGAUGGUGGGGAUGAGGGAAGGCUCCUAUGGAAGUCAGUCAAGCCCACUUCAAUCACUUUCAAAGCAGGGGUCUGAUAACAAUGCAGCCUGUGCUGUUAUCUGGAUCCAGAACAGCAGGACAAUGUUCUGUUUUCUUCCACCAAGAAAUUGGUAGGUCUUGAAAACUGUUAAACUGUGCUUGGGACAGCAGCAAGCACAAGGUAUUAUCGGUGCCACUCUUGUGUCUAUAAUGUGUACUGGAGAAACAGCUGUUUGGUUUGUGUAGUGAUGUGCUUCAGUCUAACCUAGGAUCUAUUGUAAUAGCAUCAGGACAUAACCAGUUCUGCAUCUGUGAGAGCACAUGCAAGAUCCAGUUUGCAAUUUGUAUCGUCUUUUUAUUUACCUAAGUCCCAUUACAAACAAGCUAGCUCCAUCUUCAGGUGUAGGUUAAUUCCUGGCUGCAGAUCUGGUUUUCCAUGUGCAACUACCACCCACUCAAGAUUUUUUCUCGGAGCCACAGUUUACAGGCUAGAUGAGAUCUGGAAUCGGCUGGCAGGGUUGACCUUUAGUAGACAACUCUGGGAAAUAUAAUCAUUCAUCUCCAGAGCAAUCCAACUUAAGCCAUUUUUGAAAAUCUUGGUCUAAAUGACUUGUGCUUCUGGAUGGCCCAAUCUGAGACACCUCCAAAGGGCCUGAUUUUCAGAAAGUGCAUCAGUCAGGCCCUAUUAAAAUCACUCUUCACUUUGAAAAUCUUGGCAGAAACAACUCUCUAAUUUGUGUUGGCAUCAUUUUUAGCAAGAUCAUCUUUCGACAAUGCAGUAAAAGAAUAGUCCCUAAUGUACCAAAAUUUCUACUCAACUACAUUUUAUAAAAUAAAGUUGCUGAAAGACAAGCAAACUGUUCUGUUUAAAACAUUU